AUGGAACACAGAGAAUCAGUAGGGAUUAUUGGUGCGGGAAUCACUGGUCUUGCAACGGCCUAUAUCCUCUCCUCACAAUAUAAUGUGACAGUCGUCGCUCGAGAUAUGCCCGGCGACUUGGGUUCGAACUGGGCAAGUCCAUGGGCAGGUGCGGGUUUCCACCCGCAAGUCACAGACAAUGUGUCUUUGCAACAAAUGCAAAUAACUUGUUUCCGGUUUUACUGGUCGCUCGCCCAGGAAGACCCUUCAAGUGGAGUAAAAGUAUAUCCCAUGACGGAAUACUUUGAUAACCGACAAGAUGACCGGGAUUUAUGGUAUAAGACGUUGAUGCCAGGCUAUCAAGUUAUUCCUCCGGCCGAACUUCCUGGUGGAAUCUCCUUUGGGAUCAGGUACACUGCACUGGCGAUGAAUCCACUCCUCCUUUUGCCAUGGCUACAGAAGCGACUCGCUCAUAAAGGGGUCAGCUUUAUUCGGAAGGAGGUUAGAUCUGUUGAUGAAGCACGAAACGUUACGAAGGCAAAAGUAAUCGUGAAUGCCUCAGGGGCUGGGGCCAAGGCAAUAGCUGGUGACGCAUCUGUCAAGCCGCUGCGAGGUCAAACUAUGUUCGUGAAUUCUGACUUCCAGGAACUGCUUAUGCUCGAAGGAUCUGAGUACACCUAUGUCAUCCCUCGUGCAACAUCUGGCGGUGUGAUUUUGGGUGGCGUCAAGUCUGAUAGGUUGGAUGUCGAGGUAGAUCCAGAGUUGAAAGGCGAUAUCCUAGCCAGAGUUAAUCGCAUUACCAAUGGAGCAUUCAAAGAAGUUGACCUACGCUCUGUUACAGAUAUCGUUGGGUUUCGCCCUGGUAGGGAGGCUGGACUCCGGGUUGAGCGGCGUGGGAAUUGUAUCCAUGCGUAUGGCAUGGGAGGUGCUGGAUAUAUCUAUUCCUUUGGAGUGGCCGAAAGAAUGGCUUCAGAUGGAGGUUUAUACGACGAAACAUUGAGUGGUACGCUGCAAUACCUAAUCAGCGGGGAACACCUAAUCAGCCAAGCAAUGAGCACUACGCAAGACAUCCUCCCAGCCAACCCCCCUUUCUGUUGUGGGGAAAUCGUUCCACCCGCCCCUAUCAGUACACCUACUCAGCAUGUCAUCUGGGAUUUCGUUCAACACAACAGCGACCACGAACUCUUCAACCAAAACACGCAAAAGCACCGUACCACCAUCUUGCUGGACUGCUAUCUAUGCGACACGGACUGGAUAAUCGAAGUUCAGGAGCGGGGUGUCAGGGUGAUUAUCGAGACCAGAUAUUUCAUUAGAAAGCCUAACGUCCCCGACAAUGUCAAUGAUUUCGUGGAGAUGGACAUUGAGAUGGUGAACUGGAAUGUUUGGGAAAAGGAUUCGGAUUCCAUAAACUGGAUGUGUAAUGAGCAUGCAUGGGAGGACUGGUAUUGGGCUACUCGUGUGCUGAAGAGAAGGAGUAAGGGGGCCCUGCCUAUGCCGGAUAUGACGGAAAGAGUUGAGGUUACUGAUACUGAGAUAAGAGCGAAGUUUGCGGAGGAAGAAGCAAUGAUGCAGCGGGCAGCCGCCAGGUGCGGGUUAAAGUAUUAA